AUGGACAACCUUUUCUCCGUCCAAGAGAUCUCCGCCGCAGACGACAAUGACGAAGUUAUGCACUGUACUGCUCCCGACUGGGAUUUUCUGCGGCAGUUUUUUAGCGAAGAAAGAAAAGAAGAAGAGGCUAGGAGGACUGGGAGGAACGACGAUGACGAACUCAGUUAUGAUAUGCACCCUACUGCUUCCGAGCAGAAGAAUCCUAGCGAAGAUGGCAAGGGGAAUCAGGAGAAUGUGUGUUUAGAGAGUAAUAGUAAUGAUAAUGUUCCCGUGGAUGCAGAUGAAUACCACCAAGCUCUUCUUAAGAACAACCUUUACUUGGCUUGUGCUGCUGUUGCCAAUGCAAGGUCAAGCGCAUCCUUUGUAAUACCCCAUGACUCUGCCGACAGUAGUGGAUCACAGGCAUUCGAUACUCCAGGAUCCGAAGCUACUUCUAAGGGUGCUGCUGAAAAAGAGGGUAAGGGAUCUCCUUCCUUGCUCAACGGAACAAUGGAUCCUACUGAUGCAAAACGUGCGAGGAGCAUUGAUCCAUGCGGUGGGUUUAGGUUGCAAUCAAAUCGAGAGUCUGCUAGGCGCUCUAGAACAAGGAUGCAGGCUCAAAUGACUCAACGCCACACACAAGUUGCUCAACUCAAACUGGAAAACCAACCCGUAUUGCGGAGUCUCGCUGACAUAACCCAAAAGUGCGACAUAUCAGCCAUCGAAAACAGAAUUUUAACAGCUGAGGUUAAAGCAUUGGAAGCAACGUUGAAAUUGACUGAAUGGGAGUUCAUCACAGUCACCGGUUGCGACCCUGCAUCACUCGAUAUAUCAACAAUGAGCAUGUCAUCUUUCAAUGCAAGUCCCUCCGAGAACGAUGCUGAUCCCGUGCAAGACGGCCUGAAUCAUCCCCUAUAUCAGGAUGCUGCUGCCUAUAAUGCACAUAUGGCCCGAGAACCAAUAAAUGCUGAAUUUUCAUGCUGA